CCGCUCUCUGAUGCAUGCGCACAACUUCAUCGAAAAUUAUCUUCGCAUGCUUGACUGAAGUCUGUUGAUCUUUGUUGAUCAACCUAUGAACGGAUGAUGAGCCACCUGCUUCUUCUUGUUUUGAAUCUUCUUGGUUUAUUCGCAAUUUGUUGCGUAGGUGCAGCCACUAUCGAACUUCCAUCCAACGAGGAUUUGCGGCGCGCUGUGGAGCUGCAUGGGCAGAAAGUUGCACGUGCUACAAAAUUCUACGACGAUCAGAUUCGGCGCGUCACUCGGAACGGCCAGAAGCCGCAAUUUCUGGACCCCGCAGUGCAUCCUAAUCUACCGCCAGACUCGCGGUUUAACGGGGUUUUUCUGUCGCAGGACCUGUACCGAGAACUGUUCAAAGAUGCGGACAAGCACGAUUUCAUCGCAGUCAUUGAACUGCUUGCGGCCAUGUCCCGCGGCUAUUUUCACGAUGUCGCUGAGCUCCAGCGACAAAUUUUGGAUGCUCCUGCUUCAGCUGAAGGCUCGUCGGAAGUGGUGGCAAAGGCACAAGAAUCCGCCCCGAGAAGGUACUGGUCUGCUACACGCUGUCAAAGGUCUUCCCUUUUCGCCUUGGCCUAUUAUCGGCGCCAUAAUGGAGCCGGGACAACUUCUACUUCCACGCGAAAGCAAAAGCCUAGCGAGUCGGUGGAAACUUCUUCAAACCGGACCUCUGACCUGAGGAUCGAGCUUAGCAGCAAAAGCUUCGCGUCGUUUGCUCGACGCUUUAACCAUUUUCGUUUUCCACGGCUAUUCACCAGGGCGGACAGCGGACGCGGUCACAGGCUGAUUACGCAAAAAGCGGCAAAGGAACUGCGCACAAAAGUACGAAACCGAACGUGAAUUGGACUAGCAAGAUCGGAUAGCGCUCGAAGCAAGAUCGGAUAGCGCUCGAAGCAGAUCAAUGAUAAUGUGCUCUUGGCUCGUCCGCACACGCGUAGAUAAAAACACCAUGCGUAAUCUUCGUGGUGUAUGUGAAGAAGCUCUCUGCAGCUAAUUCAUGAAAGCAACGGCAAAGCCGAGUUGUGAACGUCAACGUUUUUCAACCUCGCUGCUACAAACGCUGAGUUAUAGGCUCUCAUCGACCUUCUUACCAGAUCCGUAUGGUUUUUCCUGUGCGUUCGAGCACAGCACAUUGAUUGACGCAAUCAAGGCAUUUUUAGCACUAGCACAGCUCUUGAAGGAUUCCAAUUCACCGGUUGUGGGGCUAUAUAAUAAACCGCCGUCUCUACUUCGUCCUCGCCGCUGGUUUCGCAAAGACAAGGAGCAACCGGCGUCGCUCGCGAUAACAGCAAAACGGAGGACGGUGCUGGUGUCCCUGGUGAAGAUGCGAAGGGCCGCGACGAGGACCCGAUUACCUCUGUGCCGGUAGCGACAACCGCGGGAAUGGAGAGGUGGCAGUCGCUAGCAAGCCCGAACCGACAAGCCGAUCCUUGCUCGGAGGCGAUCGGUACGGUGCUGCAGGUGACUGAAUUUGUGAACGAAAAUCGACGCCGGCCUGGAAGCAAGCGCCCGCCGGAAGAUCCCCGGACAUUCCAGAGGACCUGUCCUCGUGAGUUUGCGGGUGCUGUAACGCGACUCGCGAUCGAGCAAGUCUUCCGUAUCAAAUGUAAAAAUGUCUGGGUCUGGAAGAGUGCGCGAUUUGUCAUGCUGCUUUUCCACGACCUAUGAGGUCUGGAAUGCCGGACCUAGCAUGACAGAUUCUGCGAGACCAUUCUAAUGCCUAUCCUGCAUGAGAAACUACCUCCCGACUUGUUCAAAACUGGGCGACUUUUGGCAAUCAUGCAACACAGAUUUUUGCAUGCUGCAGAUUUAGCAUGACAAGUUGCAAUCUUCCAGACUCAGACAUUUUCGCAUUUGAUAUUCCGCACGGUUCAGCGAAAUCAGGUUCCCGCUACAGCGAUCCGCGGAGUGGACAAUAUCGACGCACUACUGGCGGGUAGACGAAGGGACGAGGAGGACCCCGACCACAACAAAAACGUCGGAAGCAGCAUCGACAAUGGUGGCGCCGCUAGGGCAAGCGCUGUUGGUCGUCCCGGCGCUAGGGUCGACCACGCUGUUCACCACGAUGAUAGCAUGGAUAACAACAACGCUAUUGACCUGGCACAACUGACCCAGUUUUUGCCGAGGCUUUAUCGAAAAUUCGUCCCUUCCUUCAAUGUUGCAGUAGAGUCAACAAGUACUACGGCAAACUCCAUGAGCGCCGAAGAUCAUCAUGCCCGGAGGUGCUAUGCACACGUGACUGCUCGCUACGUGGUGCAAGUGGCGGCGAUACAGCGCUACUACAUGUGCUCCAGCUGGGCUCGGAGCGACCGACAUCUGCGGGAUGAAACGAAGCGCCAGCUGCUUUACGAAGAUUUGUACAUGGCCGAAAACUGGAUUGCGAACGAGAACAUGGACAACAUGAUUCUUUUGACAAACCGAAGUAUCAUGCUCGUGAACUUCAAUUCAACGACUUCGGUCCGUGCUCGUUUGUCGCCUGACGCAAGAACGCACACGACGGCUCCCCCUUCUGUUCACCUCCCGGGUGUGGGCACGGACACCAAAAAACGCAGCGAUUCUUUUUCUUGUAGCACCGCUGCAAGUGGUAGUGGUUCUACUAGUUGUCCAUCUACUUCUACUUCUCGCAACAUGGAUGUGUGGCUUCGCUUCCCGCAUGAUCGCAACCAUCAAAGAGCUGACACCCUGCAGCGCGUGCAACCGCACCAGCGCAUCGACGCUUUGGGGAGGAGGUUUCGGCAAGCACUAGCGCUAGAGUCACAACAACGUCAGACCACGUUCUCCACGAGUCGUCGUGGUUUCGCAGAGCAGCAUCGUUCCGCCGGGGAGCGCAGAGAGCCUCAAGAACACAACGCCGAAAUCAAUUCGGAAGUCGAAGCAUCAUGCUCCUCGUCACAAGUAGUACCGCAGGAAGACAAUCAUCAAGUUGGAAAGCACGCUGGAUGGCUGCUGGAUGCUACUCAACCACAACCAAAGCCGCGUAAUAUAGAGCAGCUGCGUCGUGACGGUGACAACGUCAAGAAGUGUCAAAGAUACCCCGACCCCAGAACAACUGGGAGCGUCGACGAGCUGCUCUUUCUAAACGCGGGGGCCAACCACGGGCACUGGUUGGAUGUCGUGCGAAAUUUCUGUGCGCCGCCCUAUUGUCCAGAAAAGCAGUUGCUGCUGGGAUUCGAAAUUCAACAAGAAUUAGUUGAAAAAAUGCAGCGGCGCUUUUUCGAUCGUGGGGAGCCGGCGGAGCAGAUGGAGCCCGAAGAAGUCCCCAAGCGGGCUAGAAGUAUUUCGACCAAUGAAAGAGAAGCGGCUCCUGGGGAAGAACCUUUUACACAGACGAAUGGCCAUUUUUCCACACGCCAGCGCAUCGAGAUUCAUCCUUACGGAUGGGGAGCCCGUUCGGAGAAAGAAGUUGGCCUUCGUGUCCAACAUGACAUUUCCGAUGAAAUCGCCCAGCUCGAAUUCAGCACGAAGAAGGUUCAAUCUGCAACGAAGCUAAAUAACGUGGCGAAGAGAAUGAAAAUGGUCGAAGUCAAGACCCUGGAACAAGUGAUGCAAGAGGUCGAAGUCAGAAUGAAUAUGAAAGCCCGGCGGGAAAGAGAAAGUACAUCAAAAAGCAUCGAUGGCGCAUCCGCUGCGUCCGAAGGGACAUCUUCACCCUCAAAGUCACAGGAAAAUGUCGCAAUGCCGGCUUUUCUGACGAUUGUGGACGCGGAAUUUUGGGACCUUGAGAUUGUCAAAGGUAUGCACCUGGAGAACGAGAUAAAUCAAAUGCGCUUCCCGCUCUUCCAGAUCGAGUGGAAUCUGCUGCAGUUGAAGAUUGUGUCAGAUACAACCACCGACCACUCCGAGCAUUCUGGAGCUGCAACUGGAGCCGCGGCUGCGUCUUGGAAGUCGUCCGUAGAGGCCGUUGCGCUACUUCUCACCAAGUUUGGCUAUGAUGCGUUUUUUCCUACCGCGCAAGGAUUUGCGUACGCGUCCCUGGAAUAUUUCGAAAUGGAAUGGGAGAAAGUGGAGGAGUGGAAAACAGAAAAGCGGCGAUACGGCGGAAGGAGCAGUAGAUCCAACGCCACAACACGACAACUACCUCACAGGACUCUACUCUCCAACCUCGACCAGCACCCGCUACAUCCAAUACAACCCUCAAAUCUGGUUUUCGCGCAUCGCACAUACUGCAACGAACAUGUUUUGAAAUUUCUCUACCACUCUGCCAUAGACCUCGUGCAGAAGGAUGUGCACCUGACCGAUACGAGACUUUCAGCCAGGAGCUAGCAUAGUAGAUAAGAACUUCUAUCACGCAGACGCACACUCUGGACGAGGAUUGUCCUCAGCCCUCCCCCCAGCAUUUCUGGGCGAAAGCUAAAGUUUGUUUCGAUACCAACAAACGAAAAGCAGAUAAAUAUCCAACACUUUGUCUUUUGUAUGUGUACUUGUUCGCGAU